UUAAAUAAAACCCUGUCAAAUACAUUUGUCACUAUUUCGUUAAUUGUGUUUAUUGUCUAUUUGUUGUGAUUUUGCCCAAAUUGUUUUAAUUCCUUUAACUUCCUAAAAUAUCCUUCACCAAAUAUAGUGAAAAUGGAAACAUGGAAGCUUUUCAUUGUUACCAUUAUAGCCAUUUAUUAUAUUGGACAAGUUAGCUUCGUCAACGGUUUGGAGUGCUAUGUGUGUUCCAAUCAGACAGGUAACACAGAGAAAUGUUUGAAUACGAUAAAAACCUGUGAACCAGGUGAGGAUGCAUGCGGUACUGAGAUCCGUUGGGGAAGCCAACCAUAUUUCUCUCAGGGUGCACUAAAACAAUACUAUGUGUCCAAACGUUGUAUGACAAAGCAACAAUGCCAACAGCGACGUAAACGUUAUAUGCAAUAUUGCACACAUAUUUGGUAUGAGGAUUGGUGGUGCCAUGAGUGCUGUGUUGGUGAUCGUUGUAAUUACUUUGUGAUUAGUGGAUCAAUAAAACAAAAAAUAACUGCCGGCACUAUAAUCGGCGGCCUAUUCGUUGUUACGCUACUCAGCGUGUUUACAAUGCGGCGUUAAAGUAUCUGUGCAGUAUAAAAAGAUCACCCAAGUGCCUCACAAAUUUUUACUACUGAAAAGUAAAAAUUCUUAAUAAACUAAAAUGAAAUAAGUUAUACACCACCAUUAGGAAGAGUGUGCGUAUACAACUUUUUAUUAUUAGAUCCACAUAAAAAAAUCGCAGCAUUAUUGUUUUCGAAUAUUAUCCGUCCAACUUUUACAUUAAGCAUAAAGUUAUAAUUUAUUAUUAUAUUACGAACGAUAUUGCCUUAAAAGGGCAAAUAUUUUAUGGGUUUUACUUUUCAACAAAUGUAAUGUAUUCGUUUUUAGUUUAUAAGCUGCAUGCUUAAAGCUUUAAGAAAAUGCAGUAUUUAUUAUGAAAAAUUUAAAAUAUCAACACAAAAAGAGAAUAAAAUUAUGCUCAGAUUUGAGCUUGCACAAUUUUUUACACAUCAAUAAACUGUUGUACAAUUAGUAAAUUUGUCUAAAAAUUUGGGGAAUCUUCUUGAGGACUAUAAUACAAUGUACUUCUAUUAACUAAUUACUAGCAUUAAACUAUUGAGCAUACUUUAGCUUGCUUACAAAUUAUGUUAGAAUAUAUCGUAUGCAUUACCACAAAUUGUAUAAUCUCUCGCAAUUUUCUACAAUUGUCAACUGCCGUUACCAAGCUUUCCUAGCUCCGCAAAGCUUUUAUCUUAUUUGCAUAUCACGCAAUCUGAUUUGUUGAUAGCCAUUAUAACUGGGGCUUGGCUGUCACGUACAAUUUGCACAUCUUCUAUUCCUAGCUUUUUAUUGCUUUGCAUUCUUUCAACGAAUACUUUUCAAAUGACUAGAGUAUAUUUCGGUCGAACUUUGUAACAACCUUUGGGGGUUUCUACAACAAUUGGCAAGUGUUUGUGAAUAAAAUAGGUUAACUGGCGUAUUGUCACAUCGAUAUUUGUAUGAAAAGAAGAAGCAACGCGAUAAUCAGACUGACCGCCAAAUUGUUUACUACAUGCGAGUACUCAAAAAAAAAGGAGAAUAAAAAAUUCAGUAAAUAAAAGUAAUAGUACCACGUACAGUAGCAAUUUUAUAUGUCGUUCUCUAAGUAGUUUGUUGGCGUAACGCACAGCAAGCGGUUAUGUUUAUGGAUAAACUGGAGGAGCAGGCAUCAACCAGCCGGCAACAACAGACGCACCGUGUCGACAUGAAUGUGGACUACCAACUCCAUGAAAAUAGCGAAACGAGCAGUGUCAAAAAGCGCAAACCUUUAGUGGUUAGAUGUGUGCACGGACUGGCGAAUGGAUUUGUAAAUGCGAUUUAUGGAUUUCUCAAUUCGCGUUUGCUCAUGUGACAACCGGCAAACGGCGCCUAUGAAUGCAACAACAACAACUGCAAUAUGCAUUUGUGUAUUUACCUGUAUUAUUUGUUUAUACAAACGUAAUACAUGUGUAUGUAUGUAUAAAACGAACUUGAUAAAAUUAUGACGAAAUUUUAAAUAUAAACUAUGCUCAUUUUACAAUAUUCCGUUGUUUAUUUUUUUAAGAUUUAUUUGAUAUAAAGUGCAAGAAAAUAUUUAGCAUAAAAAUGUACACGUUUAUGCGUUAUGUGUGCGCAGUUUAUUAUAUAAUAAUGCAAGAGGUGGCGCUGGAUUGCAAAAAGUGGAGAGAGAAGUGUUCUAGGUGUUUGAAAAACAUUAAAUCUGCGAAAAUCACUAAAAUGUGUGAUUCAUAUUAUAAUACAGUUGAACUUCACUAACUCGAAACACUAUAAUUCAGAAAAAGAUUUCGAGUUAGAGAGACUUUGAAUUAUGGUAGGUCAUUCUUAUGAAAUUUGACUGCUCUUGCCAAUUCAAGAGUUUGAGUUAUGGAGAUCUUCGAGUUAUAGAAGUUCGAGUUAUGGAAGCUCUACUGUAUAUGGAUUUUGUUUGUUUUUUGUCUUGAUGUUAAGCUUUAACAAUAGAUUGUUGUAGUUGUAAAAGUGAAAAUUAUUCACAAACAGUUACAAAACUGAAGAAAAGGUAAUUUGUGGCACCUAAUUUCAGUUAACCUAACUUUGAAAAUAUAUACAAAAACAAAAAAUUGUAAUAAAACUACAAAUAAACAAUAUGUACAGUUAUAUAGUGUGACAUUUCCGGUAUUUAUUUAAUUUUCAACAUAAAUACACAUGUAUGUAAGUAUGUAUGCAUAUACUAAACUAAAUAUGAAAUUAAACGUAUUCAAGUUAUUUCAAUCAAUCAUUAAAUGCACAUAAGUCAUAGCACUGAAAACAGUAAAAAAUGGAUAAUUUAAGUCCAUUUACAUUAUUGUAUUUGUAUUUGUAUUAUACUUUUCCUUUUUUUACACAAUAAGUUUAAUAGCAUUAUAAAUAUUAAAUACGAAGUUGCAUGGGUCUACACGAUCACCAUUUAAUCGAUUUAAUGAUCAUUUUUUAUUUUUACAUAUAUUUUGAAAAAAAACGCACUUUAUUAUAUUCAAAGCUUGCAUACUAGUGUUUCAAAAUUUCUAACAAACACACACAAUUAAUUGUCUAAUUAAACAAAAACUUAUGCAUAAACCUGCUGUUGAUUUUUACAAUCUCCGUUUAUGAGUUCAACUUUAAAUUGACAAUUCGUAAUAAGUAUUAUAGUAUAAGGAAAGUCAUUUCAUAGCAAAUACAUAACAUACAUACAUUGGAAAUAAAUCAAGCGCUUAUUUUUCAGUAGUUCUUAGUUUCUCAUCAUUUUUUUUAUAUUAAAAUUAAUACAAAAAAUAUAUAAAAUCACAAUUGCAUUUUUAUGUAUGUAUGUAUCUUUUCAUUAAUUGGUGUAUUAAAUAAAAUAGUUUGCUAUUUUUUUUGCUUGGAAAAAAAAUAUUUAAACAAAACAUCUUUCUAAAGCAUAAUUAAUACAAUGUAAAAAGCAACAAUACAGCAACAUUAUUUUUGAAAAUUUCAUACAUAUUUCUAAUUGUUGUUGUUGUAUACGAGAUUGAUUGUUUGAUUGAAAUUGUUUUGAUUUGUAUUAAACUGCAGCACUGUCAAUUGUAUGUCUGUAGCUGUAGCCGAACGUGUAUGCUUGUGUGUAUGUAUGUAUCUGAGUGUGUUGUGUUUAG